CGCCCUCUCUCGGAGUCCACCGAAACAGAUCCCACGCGCUUUCCGCCAACCCACCGCAAAACCCCGUCGCCUAGCCAGGGGCAUUUUGGGCAGAUCAAUUUCUUUCUCUCUUCUUCUCCUCUGUCCUUCCCAAAAUGACCCGGUUCAGUCCACAAACUCCUCUCGCUCGACAGUCUCAUCUCUUUUUAUUCAUCGCCUUCGUUUGCGAUCUCUCUCUUUACCUUCAAAGAGAGAGAGAGAGAGAGAGAGAGAAGGGAUGGGGAUGGAAGUGGAGUUGCCGGAUGACUUCCGCUGCCCCAUCUCGCUGGAGGUGAUGACUGACCCGGUGAUCCUACCGUCGGGACACACCUUCGACCGCGCCUCCAUCCAGCGCUGGCUCGACUCCGGUAACCUUACCUGCCCGGUCACCAACCUACCCCUGUCCCCCUCCCCCUCCCUCAUCCCCAACCACGCCCUCCGCAGCCUCAUCUCCAGCUUCCUCGCCCAGCGACCGACCGCCAUCGACGCCGCUGCCGACAACCGCGACGCGCUGCUCCUUGCCCCCCUCUCCUUUCCCUCCGAUGCCCCCACCCUCGCCGCCGUCCUCCGCCUCGCCCAGCGCGGCGGCCCCAACUCCCGCCGCCUAGUCGCGGACUCCGGCGCCGCGUCCGUCCUCUUCCGCCACGCCGCCGCCCCCGACCCUCCCGACCUCCAGGACCUCUCCCUCCGCACCCUGCUCCACCUCACCCUCGACGGCGACGACGCCCGCCUCGGCCUUGUCGCCGAGGGCGCCCUCGACCCCGUCAUCGCCGCCCUUCGCGGCGGCCCCGCCGCAGCCCUCGCCGCCACGCUUCUCACCAGCCUCGCCGUCGUCGACGUCAAUAAGGCGACCAUCGGCGCCCACCCCGCCGCGAUACCUCUCCUCGCAGCGCUCCUCCGCUACGGCGACGGCCGGGAGCGGCGGGAAGCGGCGACGGCACUCUACGAGCUGUGCAAAUUCGCGGAGAACCGGCGGCGGACCGUCCGAGCCGGCGCCUUGCUGCCCUUAGUCCGCCUGACCCGCGAAGGCUCGGAGAGGGCCGUCCGGGUUUUGGGACUUCUCGCCAAGUGCCGAGAAGGUAAGGAAGAGAUGAGGAAGUUGAUCGGAUUCAUUAACGUAUUAUCCGAGGUCCUAAGAGCGGGGAGUCCUCGGGGCAUCGAGCACGCCCUUUUGGUGUUGAACUAUUUGUGCUCGGAUAGCAGAGAGAUGGCUUUCACAGCCAUCAAAGAAGGGAUUCUUGAUCUCUGCUCGGUUUUGGCAGGCGAUAUGAAUCCGAAUAUUGGUAAGAACGCGAUGGAAUUGGUUCUGAGACUUGAAAAGGAGCAAUUUGGUGGCUAUUCAUGAACGAGGUUUUUUCUCCGUCGUUGCUGUUUUGCACUUGGCGAUGCAUAGUGGCAUACGGAGUUUUGAUUCAUCAAGAUACUGCUAGAUGGGUGAUCUGAAAUGCUAGAGAGUAAUCAUUGGGAGUUACAAGAAGAAGGUAUGUUUUUUUGAGUCAAGUGUAAAGAACAUCUAUGGAGAUAUUUAAAUUUGCUCGAGUUUUUGGAAUAAGGUAACCAAUACUAUGGAUCAUUUUAUUGGUUACUAGAUUAUAUUUAAUUCUUGGUUUAUUUGUUUAGCUGUUGAUAGUUCAGUACUUGAUAACUCAUUUUGUUUUGGAGAUCUGAACUAGCUCCUCAAAUGUCUUUGCAUCUUUGAGAAUCUUCUAUUUGUUUUUUCUUUUUAUUCUGUAUUGUUUGUGUUAUUCGGUGUCAAAUUGAAGUUAUUUGCACACGCAUAAGGAUAAGUUGGACACUUUUGAUUGAUGGUGUAGUUUACCCAACGCACACAUGCAUUAAAAUCUUGUUCAUGAGGAAACAAGGAAGUAUGAAUUCGGUUCAUACAGUGCAUCUUGCAUUAUCUGAAAAAGUAAACAUACAACACAACAUUAGAUCGUUCAGUUAUUUUUUUGCAGUGGACCAACUCUUAAGAAUGUUUUGACUUCAUAUAUGAUACUCAAAAUCUCCUGAAAUAUUUUUUUUCUUAGAGAUUUUAUAUGAAUUGUAUAGUGUAAUACUAGUUUGUAUAUGCUGAUGUGUCUCCAUCAUUAUAUACACUUAUCAUUUGACUGCUCUGUAUACUGUUAUUUUCUUCAGUGGUGAGUACUUGAAAGAUCAACUGGAAAACAGGAAUAGAGCCCAUAAUGCAGCUAACAAAAAUAUGAUCAGAACUGUGUUCUAAAGCUGGGAAAAAAGGAUCAACUGGAAAACAGAAAUAGAGCCCGUAAUGCAGCUAACAAAAAUAUGAUCAGAACUGUGUUCUAAAGCUGGGAAAAAAGGAAUGAAAAUCAAAGGUACAAGUCUGUAAUGUUCUAAAGCUGGAGAAAAGGAAUGAAAAACAAAAGGAUGCAGGAUGUUAGGCAGAAAUAGGGAGUGGACCACCUUAUAACAUAAAUUGAAUUGCAUUUAUAUCAAAUUGGAAUAUAUGAAUUAUAAAAUUGGAAUAAGUUCUGUAAUGAGGGGAACUGGACUUAUUGUAACUAUCUUCGACUGAACUUAAAUUCUACAAGGAAAGUUGUUGCUGCAGCAUUUUAUUUUACAACAAUCCUCUUCUUGCAAGUCUGAUUAUGAUGGUAAUCCAAUCAUGUUGUAUUAUUAUAUGCAGUCUCUUUUAAAAUCUAAUUAUGACUUGUUCCGCAACCAAUGAACAUGUUGUCCUUGGGACUAGAAAAUCCUCAAUGUUUGAUGAUCAUUGCUCCACUUUGACUGCAUAACAGAUUAAUCUAUGAGAACAAUUUACAUGCUGAUAUCAUGGCAUGAAAGAUAAAUUUUCAAAAUGUCACCUAUAUUGAGUUAAUGCUGCUGGUCAUCAUGUUAUGUAAGUCUUAUUUCUUUUUAAAGACAGCUCGAUAACAGUGUGCUGACACAAUAAAAUGUGAAACAUGUUACUGAGUUCUAUAACUAAAUCUAACUGCCUCAUGUUGCAUGAUGAAGAAAGGGUUAUGUAUACUUUUCUUGGAAUCAAAUUGUUUGCUUCGGACAACAAUUCAAGACCAUUGAUGUAAACAGGAAAAGUGUCGUUUUCGGAAACCGACACAGACGUGGUUCAAUGAAAUGAAGAUGUUGGUUUUGGCAAGUAAAUAAUAUGCUUGAGAUUUAUCCAGAUUAUGGAUCAAUGCUUUUCUUUUCCAGCUAAAUCACUGAUAUGAAUAUGUGGAUGUGAUUCCCUUUUGAUGUUGAUUGGGUAAUGCUUUUCCACCGAUGUUUUUAAGAUGCAGACCAUGGGGGAUUAUCAGUGCUCCAGACACAUUCAAUCUUGAGAAAUUUCCAGAUUGUAUAUCAAUCUGCAUGGGCAGAUGGCAAGUUCUAAAAAUGGUUAUACUUUUAGAAAAUUACGUGUUUAUCAAUUGAGACUUUUUCUUCUUGUUUAAGCUAUUGUUCGAGUUAGGGAUUUCUAUUGAUCUUUGAGCAUUUAUAUAUUGUUGAAUGUAGUUCGAAAUCAUUUUUGUCAGUUCAUUUAAGCACAUUUGAGCAACAAUUUUACUUAAGUCUUUCCUGGAAAUGAUUGAUGACUAUUUGAAGGCAUUGUGACGGAUGGUUGCUGAGUGUUGAAGUCUGUGUGCCAAGAGGUGAAUUGUUAUUGUGGCUGAAUAGUUUCUGGUGAUUAAGGUUACAGAUUAGUUCUCCCUUCCAUUGAAUUUUUUUUUUUUUUGGUGCAUCCGAUAAAUUUAAUCCAAAUUCUUGUUUCCAAACUCUUCAUUGCUUUCUCUUUAAUUUAGUUUUUUGUGCACUUAUUAUAUCAAGAACUGUCUGAUGAUCAUUAAAAUUCUAUUCUGCAUCGUCAGUUGACUCACUUAGUUCUUCUGCUAUAUCUUUGUACUACUUGCAGGUCUUCAACACCAAACCUUACGGCGUACUGCAUGCAGCAUUCACAGGCCAUUCAAGUUGUUGCUGCAGUUGUAAAUAAUCAUCUUAUAUACCUGAGGCUAUUUCCCUUUUAGAUAUGGGCAGAUAUAUACGUCCGACAUAUCAACCAUUUGGUCAUUCUAUGUCCUCUUUAAAUAUAUAAAAAACUUUCAAUUAUUCAAAGAAGAUUAUAUGAAAUAUCUCUAAUUAUAUUCAA